UUCCACAACCUACCAACCAACAACGAACCAACCAGCCAACCAGCCAGCCAGCCAGCCAUCCAGUCAGCCAACCGAGAAGACAACUCGCGAGUUCUUGUCGCCGCGUACGCGCUUCCGAACCGCCACCUUGUGCUUGUAACUACCGCAGAAGUAAAGUUACGUACACAUCGGGGUAAAGCUCUCUUCUCGUCGUCACCCGCAAUCGGUAGUAGGUACUCUAUUAUCGCGACUUCGCGCUGCGAGAUAAGAAGCGAACGAAGCAGAAGUCGAGCAGGCAGAGUCGGUGUCAGAUCAGACAACCACACGCGACAAGCUCUCCCGUAGAAGGGAGAAUUUACUCGAGUAUAUACAAAGUGUGAAAAGGUAAUCGUGCUGCAGGUUGAUCGACGUGUCAGGCAUCGGUACACCUACAGCGUCUUGUUCGUUUAAUCUGCGACUUGUGACAGAACGGAACGUCGACUCUGAUCUGACCCGAGCCAAUUAACCCAGAAUCGUACCGACUCUGUCAUAAGAGCGAACCGACUGUCGACCGACUAGGAGAACGAGAAGAUUCGUCAAGUUCGGAAGUCUUCGUCGCGUAUUACAAGGAGAAAAAAUGUGGGCCGGUCAAGAUGACACGCAGAGGUUCAAGACGAGGGUGUUGAAACCCCCAGGCGGCGGUAGCAGCGACAUUUUUGGAGGAGCUCCGGAGGAGACGAGCCCUCGUCGUAUCAAGAAUCACAAUCAUUCGCAACUGGGAUCAACGAUGUUCGGAGAGAAUAGUACCCACGGUUCAGAUACGCCUCGCGCUAAGCCUGGUAAUGACUCAUACAAGCGUCUCUUUGGUCCCCCCGAUGCCCCAACUACCCCAAGCUCAAAAAACCACAUGCGAAGCAAUAUACCGCUCAGCGGUGAGAAAUCGGUUCCCGAAACUUCCAGCCAGUCUAACACCUCGAUCAACGGAAGUUCGAACGGCAAUAUCUAUGGUAAUGGCAACGAUGCGUACAACAGUGAGACAGCUUUUAGGAGAAAGAAACGAUUUCGAGGAUUAUCCUGCAUGCCACGCAACCCGGUUACCGGAGACGGAGUUGACGUGAUGCCCCUGAGGCGCAGCGCACGUAGGAGUAGAGAUGGCAACCCCGUAACUGGUACAGGAUACACAGGAAACACAGAGAACAACAGCGCUCCGGUGCAAAAUGGAAAUGGCAAUGUCUCUGAGAAAGUAAACGGAUCAUCUACUGGCUCAGCAUCACCACCAGCCCCAGCAGGACAGCCACGUACUCGCGUGCCUCCAGGGGGCUAUUCUUCAGGUCUCUGGUAGACAUCGUCGAUGGACUUAAUUAUCCAACAGCACUUUGAUACUGUCGUUACUUCCAAAUCCGAAAACCUCACUGACUGACUUUUUAUUAUUAUUACUAUUAUUAUUAUUAUUAUUAUUAUUAAUCAAACUUUAUUAAUUCGAGGAUAUUGUUCACACGUAAUAACCGUAUUUAAAUAAUGAACAAUGGAAGUAAUAAUGAAUCAGUAUAAUUCUUUGAUUUGUAUUCGAUCAAUCAGGUUAAUUGCAUUUAUGGAGCUAUCUUUAGCAUUAGGAUCUCCACAAUGAUUAAAUAAAUUUAUAGAAGAACGAAAAAAAUCAACUCUAAGAAACAAUAUGAAUGACGGUUCGUAAUAAAACGGCAUAAUCAAUACUUAGCAAACUAUGAUUGAUUUUAGCGAACCUAAAUUGUAAAUUAGAUAGUUCUUUCUCGAAAAUAAAAAGUUACACUAUAUGUAUAUCAAAAAAAGUGCUUUCUUAAUUUUGUGCCUUUUCACUUUUGCGUAAAUCACAGAAUCGAUAAUAUUUCUAAUGCGAAUAUAAGCUUUAAAAAGCCGCAUUUUCAAUACUCAUAUAAUAUUCCUAUAUAUUUGGUUAUAAAUCAUUACUACUAAGUACUAAUAAAAAGAAAAACUCUCGGAAAAAAUAAUGGAAGUAAAAGGAGAAGUAAAAAUAUGAUAACUUGAAUAUUAGCUGCAUAGUUUUUGCUCCGGCAUCGCUAUCAUUACACAAUGUAAUCUUUAUAUUUAUUUCAGUCUAUAAGAUUGUAUCCCCUUUUCACAAAUAGGGUGUUUACGUGAUUGUUCGAUUUUGAGUAGAAAGAAAAAAAAACUACAGUUUGUAACCUACCGCAUUUCCAUGAAAAUACCUUUUUGUACUUUUGGCCUCAAAUAAACAUUUUGUAAAAACAA